AUGCAGCUCAUCUCUGUUCUCACCACCUUGGCCGCCUUCAAGGUCGCCGCCGCGCUUCCCUCGGCCGUCAAGGGCGCCAAUGACCUCGUGACCCGCGAUGGUCUACUGGGUUCCAAGCUCUGCACCGACGUCAACUUCACUGGGAACUGCGAGACCAUUACUAACCCGGCCAAUGGCCUGAAGCCCAACCAGUGCAUUCUUGUCGAUUCUUAUCUCGCACGCAAGGGGAUCUCCUCGAUUCAACCUCUGGAGAGGUCGUGGUGCACUUACUACCUGACCGCCAACUGCCAGGAUCUCAGCUUGGACAACUGCGGACACUAUGACGCCACUUCUCCCAUUGACGAUUUGACGACGCUCAUCAUGCACUCCAUUUCGCAAGCACUAAAACUCGCUUAUCUCAUCGGCCUCACCUCCUCCAUAUCAGCAGCCAUCAUCUCCCCCGUUUCCAUCCAUCUCUCCCGCGACACCACCUCCAACGAUAUUUCCAUUGACGACUCAACCAACUCCUCCGACUCCUCUUCCUCCUCCGAUAUGGUACUCAACCACUCCCUCACCUCCACCUCUUUCACCUCCCUCGAUAUCGCCCAAGCCCAAGCCUCUUUCUGCCCCUACGACUCCCUCAACCAACCCCAACCUCUACUCUCAUACGACCUCUCCACCGCCCCCCUUGCCUCGGACUGCGCGCACAUUCUCGAUAUCAUCAACGACACCCAGCGCCGCGGGUACUGGACGUUUGACACUUCUGAUCUCGAAAAGGGAAUUACGCUGAUCCAGUACGGGAGUUGUGCAUUUAAGAUGAUUAAGGAUGGGGAGGUUGGCGAAGGUGGUGAUGGGAAGAAUAACAGCAAAAAGGUGACAAAACAGGUCAAGUGGGGGGUAGAGGAGCUCAAGUUUUAUUUGGGGACGUGGUUGCAGAAGCAGAGGCAUGGGAGGCUGGGAGCUGUGGGAGAGGUGGAUUGUUGGGUGGAGGGGGAGCAGAAGAAGGAGGAAGGCGGGGUGAGGGUUAGGUGGAUGGUUGUGCGGCAGCAGCAGCAGCAGGAGAAUUAG